AAGUAAUUUUUAAUGUCUGUCAAUCUCGAACUCGAAUCGGAUAAGAAUCGGGUGUAGUGUGACAAAUAUUCUUAUGAAUGUAUUAUCAUUGGCAACACUGUACCAAAGACCUUACCUACCUAGGUACCUUUUGUUUGUCGAUCGAAGCUACUCACUCUUCACCUAUUUGUUGUACGUCCAAGGAUUUAAUGGUUUUGUAAUAUUAGUGACCCUAAAACUAGAAAGCUUGGUCGUGUGAGGUGUUUCUAGUUAGUACAUUGUGUCUGUGACGAUGUCGCCUAUGGAUUUUGAUCUCUAACAUCAAUCCGUGUUUAUGUAAGUGUUUGUAGGACAACAAGUGAAGUGACGCGAUCUCGUUGUGUAAAAGCCAAUAACAAGCUAUAAAUAAUUUGCUACCCAGUAACAGCAAUUUGGAAAAUCAAAACACUUUUCUUAUUUGUGAUGUUCCCGCAUUCCACCCGCGCGGAAGAAGAACAGAAGACGAACUUGAUUCCGAGUGUGAACCUUUUACACUCCAAAAGAAAAGGAAUAUUCAUACACCCCUCUGCUAUGUACAGAAGUAGUGCACCCUGCUGCACGAAUACAAGCGUAACGAUAAUAACGAGAAGUUAUAGAGGGUAAACAUUGACUGCAUUUCAAAUUAGUGAAGAUGAAACUAUUGGAAAGUGGCCGUUUAGAAGCACUGAGCAGUGCACUAUCGAUCCUGAAUGGAGACAGUGCCGUGCAAGCUCGCGUCGAGAGCUACAGCUGCAAGAUGGCAGGAGCAGAGAAAGCCUUCUAUAAGCGGUUUACUGCAGAUGGUGAGACCACCCACAGUCUCCAGGCACUCUCACCACCAGAAGGCCUUACCUACAGUCGUAGUUUAUCAGGGGAUGAAGAUGGAGUGCUCUGUGAUACUAUAUCCAGAAAAACUUUAUUCUAUCUCAUUGCUACACUGAAUGCUGCCUUUCCUGAUUAUGAUUUUUCAAUGGCUAAGAGCAGUGAGUUCAGUGCUGAGUCAUCCCUGAGCUGGGUUCAGGGGGCGGUGGAUGGGGCACUGUCGGCCGUGGGAGGCGCGCGUUGGCGACAGCUGCGACCGGCGCUGUGGGCCGCCGUCGACGAGGAGGUGCUGCUGCCAGAGUGCCGCAUCUACAGCUACAAUCCUGAUCUCGCCAGCGACCCCUUCGGGGAGCCCGGCUGCCUGUGGGCCUUCAAUUACUUCUUCUAUAAUAAGAAGUUGAAACGCAUUGUUUUCUUUACUUGUCGAGCAAUGAGUCCUGUGUGUGCAGUUGAUUCGGGAGUGGAUUUCGCUAUGGAUGAAGAUGAAGAAUAUAACUGAAGACAAACAGUUUUAGAUGAUAUCAAAAGAAUUUUUCAUUUUUUAUGUUUUUCUAUUGACAUAGAUACAUAGUUUGGCUUCAUAAACAUUUUCUUAUUAUAAUGUUUGUACAUUGUCCACUAGAAUUAUAUUGAUGAAAUCACACUUGUGUAAUUAAUGCAAUAUGUUUAAAAUAAAAGUUGGUAUUGCACUGAAAACAACAAUAAAUCAAGUUGAGUUAGAGAUAAUAAAAUAAUAUAACUGCAAUAUUACAGGUGCCCUCUUUUCUUUUAGGGUACCAAUGGAAAGAAAUUAGUGAUUACUUGUGAAUGUUUCAGAAAAAAUGUCUCGGGCUUUCCUAAAAAAAAGUAACAUACAUUGGGCUUUGUAGUGUAACUUGAAAAUUACAGUGCCUGCUCACUAAACGUGUAUGUACUAUGGUGCAGGGUGCAAACUUCCCAUACUUAUGAGUACAAAAUGAAAUAACCUUGUUUGCAUAUUUUCAUAUUAUAUUAUGCAUAUUAUUAUAUACAUUAUGUAAGUAGUAAGUGCAGAAGAGUGUUCAUUGUUAAAUAAUUGAUUUUCUUCACCUAUAACCAAUGUUUACCGUUUUCGCUAAAUUUGUUUAAUGCGAUAUUCUUAUUUCUAUUUUGCAACGGUAUUCACAAUGGUAAUUUAGUCUUUCAAUAAUAUUCCUUUUACUAAUGAGUUUAAGUAAUAAUAAUAUAAUUAGAAAGUAGAAAGUUUCGCACACAGAGAUCUUUCCAUUUUAUAUUUCACCAAAGCAAUUUCUAAGCUCCUUUUUUCUUUAUCAUUAAUUAUAAUAAUUGCUAUAUUAUAAUAAAUAACAUAAAGAUGGUAUAUACUGGGCACAGGCCUCCCCUCAAUCGACUGGAGGGGUAUAAUAGAUAUCAUAAAAAUAAUAUUUUACAAUAUUAACAUGUUUGGAUAAGUUCAAGCUUAGGUUUUAAAGUAUAAUAUUUAGAUUUAUGUUCCGCACCUUUGGAAGAGAAAUGACGCCUCUCUCACAAACGUUCGCAAUAAUAGAUCUCUGUCCAUAUAAUGGUCCAUAGUUUUUUUGACAUCUGUAAUUUGUUAUAAGAAGUAAUUUGUAUGUACAAUAACUCUAGUAGUAAAGUCCAUCACAUUUCAAACGAUUUCGUUUCGUGCUUAUAAUACUAAAAACUGCGGCAUGUAGACAGUGACUUGCGUGUAUAAUAUUAUGUGUAUGUAGCUGGUAAAGCAAUGAUUCAAGUUGCUGAAAUAUUCCCACCUUAAUCUCGACUUUUUUGUCCCAGAAAACGUGGAAAAUAUUUCUCCAACUUGUCACAUUGUUCGGUAAUGUGGUAGCCUUCAUCUUCGGAAUAUUGAGUAGAUUCUGUGUGGGUAAUAAAGGAAAUGUUAAACAUUUAAGUCACUUUAAAAUCCGCCUAUAUUUGACGGCGCCACUUUAUUAGCUGGAUAGUAUUAAAUAUAUUUUUCUUCAGUA